AUGGGCCUGGCAGAUUUCUGGGUGAAGCCAUUCCAAUCCAACAUGUUUCGAUCGAAAACGAAGGAUGUGAUAUCCAUCUUCCAUAAGUCAUCGGUCCCUGCCUCAGGUCGAGUAGUCACUCUCCUCAAGCAGGCUUCGGCGCACUCCCAAGAAACAGCAACAGAAGACCAGGCCUCAGAUCACUCCGCACAGAACAAAUUUGCUGCGAGAGAACCCUUCGACCUCGACAUCACCGAAGCCGACCCGACACCUGACCAGCUGAAGAACAUCUGGGAAUACCUCGGCAGUGGCGGAGCCGCACAGCUCGUCAAGGGCGCAAGCACAGAAUCAGAAGCGCUGAAGAAGCUCAAGGAAAGCGGAGACAAUUUCAACCGACCUGUUGUGGUCGACUGGAACCAGGGCAAAGCUGUCGUUGGUGACAAUGAGUCGGAAAUCUUGAAGUUGGUCAGGGAACUGAACAAGUAG